AUGUGGGGGAAGAGGGGAAGCAUUGACAUCAUUGACCUCGGAAAUGAGUUUUUCCUUGUCAAGUUCUAUAAUUCUGAAGAUCUGAAUUUUGCUUUAAUGGAGGGGCCAUGGAAAAUUCUGGAUCACUACCUCUCAGUAAGGAUGUGGAAACCAGAUUUCAAUCCAAUGAAUACUUCCAUAGAUAAUAUAGCAGCUUGGAUUAGACUUCCAGGUUUGGCCAUAGAUUACUACUGUAGACCUAUUUUGGAAAAAAUAGGAAACAUUGUGGGAAGAACCAUCAAGGUGGACACAAAUACAGCAGAAAUCACAAGGAGAAAAUUUGCACGGUUAUGUGUGGAGGUUGACCUACAACAGCCUCUAGUCUCUCAAUACCAGAUUAACGGACAAACUCAUGUAGUGGAAUAUGAGGGCAUUCAUUUGGUAUGCUUUAGGUGUGGAAGAGUGGGACAUGACAAAGCCAACUGCAAGGAAGGAAAACAAGACCCCUCACCAGAGCAACAAAUCCAGAAGGAAGGUCAAGCGACAAAUGCAGAGGUUGAAGAAGAGGAUAGAAAUGGAAAUAAGAAUAUUGACAAGGGCAAAAAAGUGAUAGAGGAACCUGCUGAUGCCUUUGGCCCCUGGAUGAUAGUACAGAGGUCUACGCGUGGCAAAAAGACCACAAAACCAGGAGAAGGUACAAGUAGUGGAGGAGGUGGAAAAGAAAAGGAGAAGGAAAGAAAGAUAGAGAGUGAGGGGCGACAGUCACGUUUUGCUGUACUAGCAGAGGAAGAACCUGAAAGGAAUGAAGAAAGCAAUCCUAAAGCGACGGCAGGAAUCAGUAAUGAACCACAAUCAGAAAAAGACAAAGAAAAUUGGAUUGUAUCCACUCAACCAAGCCAAGUACUCUCCUUAGCUAUCCCUCAGACAGCUUUGGAAGAUCCAGCCCAGAGUAAACCACCUGAUCCACCUUUUAACUCACUACAAACUAGUGAAUUGGUGGAAGCUAUGUUAGUAUAUGAGAAUGAAGAAGCAAAUAAGGCAAUUCAGCAAGGAGUUAAUCCACCUCAGAACAUUAGAGGUGUUGCGAAUAAGGCUACAAUUCGCACACUCAAAGAAAUAAAGUCUCGGCACAGACCUGAUAUUACUCUAAUCUAUGAGCCAAAAUGUAGUGGAAAUAAAGCUACAGAAGUGAUAAAAGCUCUUGGUUUUAACUUUUCCUUUUUGGAAGAAGCGGAUGGUUAUGUAGGUGGAAUCUGGGUGUUAUGGGAUAAUCCAGCGCUGACCAUUAAUAUAUUGGAGACACACCACCAAUAUGUUGCCAUGGAGGUAAAGGACCCUAGCCACUCUCCUUGGAAGCUUACAGCAGUCUAUGCAAGUCCCCAAGAAGGAAUUAGAAAAAACUUAUGGGAAAACUUAAAAAGAUUGGCUGAUGCUACUACGGAUGCUUGGAUGGUCAUAGGAGACUUUAAUGAGAUUGCAGAGGAAGGAGAGAAGAAAGGUGGGGUGAGAGCCGACCAACAUGCGUGCCGAAGAUUUAAAAAUUGGAUACAAAGUUGUAACCUCUUAGACCUGGGAUUUGUCAGAUCAAAGUAUACUUGGAAGGGUGGUCAAAGAGACGGCAUGGAGAGAGUCUUCAAGCGCUUGGACAGGGGUCUAGCUAAUGCUGAAUGGCGAAGAAGAUACAUGAAUGCUAGGGUGGACAUCCUUCCGAGAGUCAAUUCAGAUCAUCACCCUCUCCUUGUUAAACUUACCCCGGGUAUGAGACUGUUGGGAGAAAGACCUUUUCGUUUUGAGGUCAUGUGGAAAACACACCCAUCUUUUAACGAGUUCAUUGAGAAGACUUGGACAAAUGACACCCCCUCCCGAGAGCCCUGGAAUCCCUCACUGAAGCUUUAA